GAGCGAAGGGCGGGGGAUCUGGUAUAGAACCAGACACGGAACUUAAUCACCUACACGUAUUCUAAUCCAAGGAGUGGUUUCGGACGAUAAUGACAGCAGUAUAAUAAGAGGAAGACAAGUAGAGGGAAUCCAUAAAUUUGUAUCCUGAAGUUGCCUAAAGAGUGAUUCCCUUGUUUUAUGAGGAAGCAAUUAGGCUAUUCUAUGCCGCGCUGAUACAGACCCACCGCCAUCAUGAGGAGAAACCAGCAGGUCAACGUGAGGGCAACCAUCACCCUCGCCUCCACCUUCCACUUCCUAUUCGCCUGCGCCCGUGCCUGUGCCCUCCCCUUCCUCACCCUCUACCUUCGCCACCUCGGCCUCUCCCCCGCCAUGGCGGGCAUCUGUGCAGCGACGCGUCACUUGGUGUCCCUGAUGGGGCGUCCGCUGGGCUGUGUGCUGGCUGGGGCCUGGGGCAACAGGAGGCUGCUGGGAGCAGGUUCCCUUCUGGGAGCUGCGGGCGCUGCCCUUAUCAUCGUCCUCCUACCCUCCACCGUCCCAGAGACGCUGGGCAGUCAGUGCAACCUGUCCUUCUCUCUCCCCAUCCUCCCCAGUGGGCAUCCGGGAGAAGACUUGUGGGACUCAGGGAGAGGAGUGGCACCCACCACUGGCUCCCAAAUGCCAUUGAAUGUAAAUUCAACUUUAUUUAAAAAGACACUCAAUCACACAGAAUCUGUUCUGAUUGGGAAUGUUACAGUCCCUCUGCCCCAGCCUCACCUUUCCCAGCCCCAGCCUCACCUUUCCCAGCCCCAGCCUCCACCCUCCCAGCCACCCUCCCAGCCCCAGCCUCCACCCUCCCAGCCCCGGCCUCCACCCUCCCAGCCCCAGCUUCCCAGCCUCAGGUCUAAGGGGUCCAGCAGCAACCUGAGUGUGGCAGCAGAUACCAGAAGGCCUGUCCACCACCACCCUACCCCCACCCACAGGAGGGCAGGGAGAGGCCUGAAGGGGCCAGGGGAGAAGCAGCCUCAGAGAGAGAUAGAUGGCACUCGUUUUGACUUCCUGGGCGGCCUGAAAUCAAUGGACGCGCAGCACCAGCUGUUCUUCCUGCUCCUCAUGGCGCUCUCCCUGUGGGAGGCAUGCUCCGCCCCUCUGGAGUGGAUGCUGGACGACGGCCUGCACGAGUACCUUGACUCUGUUGACGCCUCCGAUCGCUACGGCGACAGUGGUGUGUGGGGGCUGCUGGGAGGGGCGUGUGGGGCGACCAGCGUCGGGCUCCUGGUGAGUCAGCUAGGUUGCCUCCCCUUGACCCCUCACAGCCCCAGGGGCGCGUUGCAUUUCUACUCCUACACGGUGCUGACGGCCCUGGCCCUCCCCCUGGUGGCCCUCCUGCCCCUCCAGCGCCACAGGAGGAAGUGUGAUUUCAUAUGCUCCGCCCUCAAGCCCCUGCGGAUGGUGUGGGCCAACAGCCAUGCCCUGCUUUUGGCAGCCAUUAUGCUGCUGGUGGGCGCAGCCCAGGCCACCAUGGACGACUUCCUGCUGUGGGCCAUAGAGGACCAGGGAGGCUCGGAGCUGCAGAUGGGCCUGGCCCUGGGCCUGGGCCUGCUCUCCAGGGCUGCCUACCCCCUGCUGGGGCCUGGCCUGGCUCGCAGGCUCAGCCCGGGCCUGCUGCUAGGGCUGGGGCUUGGCUGCUCGGCCCUGCAGGCCCUCUGCUUCAGCCUGCUGUGGAGCCCCUGGGCCGCCCUGCCUGCCCAGACGCUCUGCUGCAUCAGCUCUGGCGCCAUCUGGUGGACGGUGGGGGUGCAGGUGGGUGGCGUGGCAUCGCCUAGGGAAGAGCGGGUAGUGAGGAGGCUGUACGAGGUCCUGGCGCUGGACUUGGGUGCCGGGCUUGGCAGUCUGGCUGGGGGUGUGGCCGUCCAAAGGGUGGGCGUUGCCUGGAUGUUCAGGGGGGCGGGGCUGAUGCUGGCGGUGUCCUGCGUCUGUCUGCCUCUUCUCUGGAAAGCCCCCAGUCAGCGCAGGAUCAACUACUCCCGCCUCCUGGCAGCCGGCGACAGCGAGCUCAGCGAAUCAGAGUCGGAGCUGGAACAUGAUUGGCUGGAGAAAGCCAUUGAGGACGACAGAAGCAACAAUGACAGGACCAGGAGGACGGCUCUGUAGAAACCAGCAGAGUGACCAGUGGACUAAAUCGAGACCAGCAGAGAGACCAGCAGAGAGUACAUUUGUUCUCAUUUGUUGUCAGGUGUUAUUAUGGGUCAGUCACUUUCUACUUAAUCUGUUCCUCUCAGCCAUAUGGAUGGAAAAAAUACCAUGUGUGUGCGUGUGAGUGUAUAUGCGUGUGUGUGUGCGUGUGUGUGAGCGUGUGUGAGCAUGUGUGAGCGUGUGUGAGCGUGUGUGAGCGUGUGUGUGUGGUGAAGGCAAGGACCAGGGAUGGUGAACCGGGCAGCUGUCUGAGCAGUGCUGUAUUUGUUUAUGACCAACAGUUCAACACUUUAUCUGAGGCUGGGAGUUGUAGUCCAACACUGAACUGUCUGUAGUCCAAUCCUGUCUGGCUGUCCCAGGGAUGUGUCUGUACAAAUUGGACAGGGGGGUACUUUUGUGAUUGUUUUGUAUCUGUUGUGUUAUUUAAAAUCUGUUGGAGUGUGGAGAAAUGUGUCUGUGUUCAUGGUUAUUUGGUCCUUUUCUGGAGCAGGUCAGCAUGAAAAACAAGGAGCCUAGAAACCAGGGGCCUUGAAACCAGGAGCCUAGAAACCAGGGGCCUUGAAACCAGGAGCCUAGAAACCAGGGGCCUAGAAACCAGGAGCCCCAGGAACCAGGAACUCCCCCUCAACCAACCUAAACCUAACCAGGGCUUGUUGUUGUUGAAGUUCACCCUGGUGUGUGUUGGAAUACAACAG